UUAAGCAAGAGAAGCCCGUCUAUCACAACUUAUGGAAGCUGAAUAACACAGAACGCAGAGCACUCAGGAUACGCUAUUAUUUAAAACGUUUUACGUAAAAACAAGACAGAUGGAUCCAGUUGUAGAAGUUGUAGCUUUAUUUCUAGGAUUUCUGGGUUGGGUGAUGGUGGGGAUCACCAUACCGAACCGUUACUGGAAGGUUUCAACUGUGGACGGAAACGUUAUUACUACCUCCACCAUAUACGAGAACCUCUGGAUGUCCUGCGCUACCGACUCCACCGGCGUCCAUAACUGCCGCGAGUUCCCCUCACUGCUGGCCCUCUCUGGGUACGUGCAGGCGUCCCGCGCGCUGAUGAUCGCCUCAGUGGUGAUGGGGGCGUUUGGGAUCGUAGCCACUAUGAUUGGAAUGCAGUGCUGCAAAGUUGGAGGCGAGAACUACACUUUGAAAGGCAGAUUGGCUGGAACUGGAGGAGCGUUCUUCUUGCUGCAAGGAUUGUGUACCAUGAUUUCUGUAUCCUGGUAUGCCUUCAAUAUUACUCAAGUAUUCUUUGAUCCACUCUAUCCAGGAACAAAGUAUGAACUUGGGGAAGCUCUGUAUAUUGGCUGGUGUUCAGCUAUCCUCGCUAUCAGCGGAGGCUCCUGUUUGCUCUGUGCCUGCAAAGUGGGAAGAGAUGACACAACCCCAUACUCCUACCGGAACACCAACGGUACAGUGUACUCUCUCGGUGUACAAUCACAGAGGAAAACUGGCAGCACCUACGACAAGAACGCAUACGUUUGAUGUCAGCAUCUCCUGGAACCAUGUCAAUGCCGUUCACCGGUUUAUCAGAACCCUUAAGCGCAAUAUGAAUUCUGAUUAUUCGUUCUUUCCGCGCUCAGAUGGCAUUUUUUAAAUGUUGUCAUAUCAUAUCACAUGCGUCAGCCAAAAGCAAACAUAAAGUGUUAUAUAUUCCUGGGUAAGGUUCACUGCUACAAAUGUAAUAUAUCUGUGCUUAAGCUUUCACUACCAACAAAUCUGGAAAACAAUCUGGAAUCCCAUGAAAUCAACACAAGAUGGAAAAAACCUACAAACUACAAUGUAAAUAUCAAUCUAGGCUAUCUAAUUUUGAAUCUUGUUUUCACUUCUUGUCACUGUUUUGACAAGUGCUUGCGUAUCGACAUGUUAUUUACAUUGUUCUCCAUGAGUACAAUGCUAAAACUUGAUGUCAAUUUGUUUUUAUAAAUGCCACACUUUUUAUCUAUAUUUUACUGCUUGGGCUCUGUGUUCCCAUUAAUGUUGUCAGACUGUUCUGCAUUGGUACGCAUAUUCACAUACAACUUAAACACGGAGCUGUGGCUAGAAAGGCUUGUAUCUCCCAUGAUAUAUAGAACUUGCUAGAAGAGAA